AUGAGCAUACAAAGCUCUUCAGCUCCUCGGUGGAAAUAUGAUGUCUUUUUGAGUUUUAGAGGAGAGGAUACUCGAAAGGCUUUUACAGACCAUUUAUACACUGCACUGGAUUAUCAAGGAAUCAUAACUUUCAGGGAUGAUCCUGAACUUCACAAAGGGGAAGCUAUUUCUCCAGCACUUUUUGCUGCAAUUGAAGAAUCAAGAUUUGCCCUCAUUGUUCUCUCACAAAAUUAUGCAUGGUCAACGUGGUGCUUGGAUGAACUUGUAAGAAUUCUUGAAUGCAUGAAAGCAAGAGAAACGGUGCUGCCAAUUUUCUAUGACGUUGAUCCCUCUGAUGUACGAAAGCAAACAGGGAGAUUUAAAGAAGUUUUCAUUGAUCAUGAAGAAAGGUUUAAGAAAGAUAAAGAGAAGGUGCAAAGAUGGAGAUCUGCUUUAACUGAAGUGGCAACUUUCUCUGGGUGGAAUUCAAAGGAAUGGUAUGAAGCAAAGCUCAUUAGAGAUAUUGUUGAAGUUAUAUGGAAAAAACUGCAACCUACAUCAUUCAGUUUUGCUGAAAAUCUAGUUGGAAUUUACUCAAGAUUGCAGCCACUCAAUUUUCUUUUAGGUGUAGGGGUGGAUGACGUCCGUUUCAUUGGUAUAUGGGGAAUGGGCGGGAUUGGUAAGACAACUAUGGUAAGAGCGGUGUAUGAGAGAAUCUCUCAUGAAUUUGAAUUUAGUUUCCUUCUUACCGAUGUUAGAGACUCCGUUGAAAAAAGUGGUUUACUUAUUCUACAAAAGCAACUUCUCUCUGGGAUUUGGACAAAAAAGGCUGACAUUUCAGACCUUUAUGAAGGAGCCACCAAAAUAAAGAGGUUGUUAGGUCACAAGAAAGUUCUUCUCAUUCUUGAUGAUGUGACCAAUUCAAGGCAUUUGAAAUAUUUGGCAGGAAACCAAGAUUGGUUUGGUUCAGGGAGUAGAGUUCUCAUCACAACUAGAAAUGAGCAUUUAUUGAUCGAACAUGGAGUGGAGAGAAGAUUGAAGGUUGAGGAAUUUAAUGAUGAGGAUUCUCUUCAGCUUUUUAGCUGGAAAGCAUUCAAAAGAGGUUACCCUGAAGAACAUUUUCUUGGUUUGUCUAAAUCUGUCAUAAAUUAUGCCAAAGGUCUCCCUUUAGCUCUUGAAGUACUGGGCUCUUUUUUGCAUGGAAGAGAUCUAAGUGAAUGGAACAGUUCAUUAAGAAAACUAGGAAGAGUGUGUAACUUGGAAAUUUUUGACAUACUUAAAACAAGUUAUGAUGGUCUAGAUGAUGAAGAGAAGAAAAUAUUCCUAGACAUUUCAUGCUUCUUUUGCGGAGAGGACAAAGAUAGAGUAACAAAAGUACUGAUCAGUUGCGAUGUUUCUGCGAUUAUUGGAAUAAAAGUUCUUAUCGAAAGGUGCCUCUUGACUGUUUCAUAUGGAAGACUACGAAUGCACGAUUUGCUCCAAGAAAUGGGUCGGGAAAUUGUCCGCCGGGAAUCUACUAAUGAGCCAGGCAGGCGCAGUAGGUUAUGGCUUCCUCAAGACGUCAAACAUGUCUUGACCAAAAAUACUGUAAGAGAUUUAGUACAAGAACGAUUUUAG